AUAGACUGAUGGACAGUAUUUGAGUGUAUACAUACCAGAACGACAACCCCAAGAUAUUUCAUAGCGGAGCUCAUGGUACGGCGCUCAUGGUACGGCGCUCAUGAUACGGCGAUAUGGACGGAAAAGGUGCAGGGAUGGCAGCCGCCAACGCUCGGCGCAAGGCCUUUCUUGCGCUGCUAGAUCCCACAAAUCUCAUGCCGGGGCAAACGUUGGCGGAUAGCUACACGCUUCGACAGCUAUGCCUGCAAGGCUCGCUGCCAGAGUCACCCGACUGGCUGCGGUCACAAGCGUGGAAGGUCUUGCUAGAGUACCUACCGAUAGAGAAGCGCGACUGGCCCGAGGUCUUGUCCAAGCGGAGAGGGGAAUACUAUCAAUUCGUUCAAGACUUUCUACCCAUGGCCCUGCAGAGGCCCCAUCAGCAGGACGGAGACAGCGUCAGCAGCAGCGCUCUUCCCGGCAGCCUCUCAGAGCGCGACGUUCUCCUCGAUCAACUAUAUAAAGAUCUGAGUCGCUCUCGGAAGAAUGGAUUCGAUUUCUAUCAGGCAACCAUCAAGCCUUCCAAGACAUGUCCUCUCGCCCCGGCACCAGCCAGAUCCGCCGAGGAUACCUCGCCAGCAGUGGAAAGGCUCAGCUGCCGGCACGAUUUGCUCGUCCGUCUUGAGCAGAUCAACCAUUCGUUCGCGUUGGAUAUGCAGAGGCUUCGACGGGAAAAUAAGGAAAGGGUCAAGCAUGCCAGCAAGGACAAGGGAAAAGUGGAUGAGCAGGAAACGGUGCCUGAUGAUGGAAGGCAUGGUGGGCAGGCCAAAGCAAUGGAAGGCUGUUUAGACCGUCUCGCAGCACUCGAGGCUAGGCAAUGUACCGGCUUAUCGGCUUCCGGUCGCUCAUCAUCGACAUCCUUCAUCUCUGCAGAAGCCAGGCAUGCCGAGGACGCCGAUGAUAUCGAACCUGUCACACAAGGGACACGGAAUGGAAGCAAUGUUGCGUCGAUGGCAGUUGAGAGCGGUCCUCCGCCACUACCAGGGAAGGAUGAACCUGAGCUUGAAGACGUCAGGUGGCAUUCGCUGCUGCGAAUACUCUACAUCUAUGCACUACUUAAUCCAUCCAUUGGAUACAUCCAGGGUAUGAACGAGAUUGCGUUCGUCUUCUUAUAUGCUUUCCGAUCUGGGCGGGACAUCGUGUCUUCCUCAGGGACCGUGCACGUUGACCACAUCCCUGCCAUGGGCUCUGCAACCUACAGCUCUUCUGGCGCCGAUGCAAGCUCAGAAGCAGAAGCAGGCGCAGAAGCAGCGGCAGUUGAAGUCGCAGCCGGUGAUAUUGAAGUGCUCGAGUGGACCGCUCACGCCGAGGCUGAUGCUUUCUGGUGCUUCAGCGCGCUGAUCGGCGAGGUACGCGAUCUGUUCGACUUUGAUGGCGUCGACCAUGCCGCGGCUGGGUUGCGGGUCAGCAAUGUCAGAGCGCGGGAUGUCGCUGGCAAUAUUGCGGAUAGUGGAAUGGCGGGCGGAUUGAAAAAAUUCAGCUUGAGGCUCAAAUGGCUGGAUGAGGAGCUUUGGGCGGUUUUGCGCGCCACAUCCCUCGACCCUCGCCUACCUUAUUAUUCCUUCCGAUGGCUAGCGUGUCUCCUCAGCACGGAGUUGACCCUACCUUCCCUCUUGCGUGUAUGGGACGUCCUGCUUGCUCAGCAAGGUGCGCCCAGCAACAACGCCUCAAGGGUCGACGCACCAACGAAGGUUGACUUUCUCAUCGACAUCUGCUGCGCCUUGCUGGUCAGGAUCCGCGAGCAGCUCAUCGAUGCAGCACGGUCUUAUGACACGGAUGCAGAUGCUGACGGUACAGAGGGGCCAUUUGCGCGAUGCAUGUGGCUCUUGCAAAAUUACCCUGACGAAGACAUCGAGCCUGUGCUGGAAAUGGCGCAUCUGUACCGCCAGCGGCGCUUGGCGUCUGCUCUCACUGGUGAUGCUCCGCCAACGGAGGAGGAGUUUGCCGAGCUAAGCAACGCCGCCGUCCUGCGAGAGCGUGCGGCCAAGAUGUACCAGAAUCUGCGAAACACAACAUCUCCACAGCUCAGUACCGGCAAGAGCUGGCUCCAAUCAUUCUCUCCGCAAAGCCAGAGGCAGCAGCAAGAUAUGGAUGAUGUCCCCUUCGACGGAUCACCGAAGCCGCGCAGCGCGAGUGGAAGCAUCUUCAAUCGCUACGCCGAGGCACUACAUUCUAGUGACGCAGCAGCCAGCUUGUCCAAGAUGAGCACUAACCUUACUGCGAAAGCAAUGACGAGCUGGAAUCGCUCGUCCGACCGGCAAAACCAGCCAGGAAACAACUCACCUGCGCAGCAACGCCUGCAGUCUUUCAGCAUUGCAGGGCAAGAUCUGAUGAAUCGUGCACGCGGCGCUGCCGCUAGCAUCGGUCGAUCGGCACCCAAUCCGGCGAGCGAAGGACAAAGAACGCCGCCGCAGCAUCCCGCCAUUGCGCGUUCCUCUCGGCAUGACCUCCCGCAGUUCCCGCUGCCAAGUGUCGCCGAUACAUCUUUAGGUCGCCAGGAAUUUGCAGAAGCUGGCAAUUCUCAAACUCUCAGAGCCAUGUUCAUGCCUCCGAGCCCGGCGCACAGCGAUAGGAACGGGUCGGAAAGCCCGCGACUGCUGCCUAGCAUACGAGCAGCGCUGAGCAGCCAUUCACGACACGGCAGCCUGAGUUUGCGAGCGAAUGGGCAAAAGCCGCUGCUCUUGACAGGCUCUGCACGACCGCCACGUGAAGCGGGCCAGAGCCCGUCUGCGACACCAGAUUCAGCAAUUCGCACCAGUCGAAAAGUCUCAACUGGUCCGCUUGCAUCGAACAGCAAUGCGAGCAGUCCCAUCCAGUUAUCGCGACGAUCGCAUGCGGCCCAGGGGAGCGCCUCAACCACGCCAGGAUCGCGGCAGUCGAGCGAUGCAGGCAGCGCCAUUGACAUUGGAGAGAGCAGUCGCGUUUCUUCAGUGUCGUCCGUGGGCAAGGUGUCAGUUGUGCGUGAGCAUGGAUCCACAAUGGUGCCCGCCGCAGCGUUUGCCAAGACUCGCCAAGUCACGCGAGCGGACGUGCGUGCCACUUUGGAGUGCCUCGCAACGGAUGAGGAUCUCCGGCGCGAUGGCGUCUUGGAGAAGACAGGUCGUCCGCACGCACCUGAGCAAAUGCCUGUCGUACACAGCCCAGCGUCGAUGGACGCCGGCAAUGGAGGUUUGCAGCGGUCACGAUUUGCGCGGACUAAUCAGUCCACUUCCGACGCGUCAGAUGCGAUCCCGAUGCAACCCACUGGGCAGCGCGCCAGGGCUGAUCAGGACGUCUGGAUAGUUGAGACGCCCGAAAGGCCAGUCAUCGAUGGGUGGCGCGUGUCGGCCUCCGAGCAGCCGCGCACAGCGCCGCUGGCCCCAAGCCCCAAUACAUCCACGACCGUCGAGGGCCAUGAGUCUGACGCUGCAGCGACGGGCAAACAGUUCUAUCGUGCCUCAGUAGAGGUGGACGAGCCAAUCCAUGCUACGCCAGAAUCGACACUGGAAGGGGUCGAACGCUACAAGCUGUGCGACGCGCCCGUGCCUUCGUUCGAGGCAAGCUCGAAUGACGUUGCUAGCACUGCUGACCUUGGCGCGGUCGACGGCACGCGGCAGAGCAGUGUUGGGAAAGGCAGCGGUGUGAAGCUUGCGCGCUCGCGUCUCGCGUCUCGGCGUACAAACAGCGCUUCCUCAACGCGCAGCUCCGUUGCUCGCGCGAGCGGAGGCUCAUUCGUUGCAGGGCAGGACUUUUCAACGAUCACAGAGACGAACGGCGCUGCGGGUGCUACUGCAGAAGAUGGUCCAGUGCCGCUCAGCGCAAAUGAUGGACAUGUUCGUGAAAAGGAGCUGCCGCCGCCUUCGCCUGAUUUGAACGUCCGGGAGGUCCUGAGCGCCGACGAGCUCAUGCGGUUGCUCUGCGAGGAUCUCAGGAUCGAUACCCAGGUCAAGAGCGAGGACGUCCCCGCUCGCUUGCGCACGCCGUUGGCAGAGGCGCAUUCGAGCAUCGGCGCGCUCAUUGCUGGCGUAGCGGAUAAAGAUGACGGAUGAUGCCAAUGGUCAGGAUGGGAACUGGCAACGCCCUGAUGCCCUUGUGCGCACUCAAGCGGUCCUUGCGAAUGACAAUGAGGCUCUCUUCAUCUCAAUCCAUUCAUGAGAAAACAUGUUCGAGAAGGCGUU